AACAUUAUUUUUACUCAGAGGCGGCAAUGAAAAUUUAAAGGCUUCAAACAAAGUUGACAUUUUCAUUAAUAGUUGUAGUAUUUAAACAAAUAAAAAUAAGUGUUAAAAAAAGAAGUUGCCAAAUGAGUGUUGACCAGAGGCGAAUGACUCGGUCUUUCAAGUGAAGUUCUUUGUCUACCCGGUUCGGGGAUGAUUUAUGUUCCACAAAAAGAAAUAGUAAUGUCAAACAAAAAGAAAUACUAGUAAUGUCAAGCAAGCAUAAUUAAUGAAUAAUUUUGAAUAUGGAUAAUGAUAAUGCCGAGUAACGAGUUGUUGACCUUUGUCAACUUGAACUUGAAUAUAUGUUUGGUAGUGAUAAUUAAUAGUUACUGGUGAGGUGAUAGAAAAUGACUUUAUGACCACUUGGAAAAUGAAGACUAUAUCUUUUCUUUUUAAAUACUAUAUAUUCCCUCCAUUUGAUAUUAGUCUUUUUUUAAUCUUUAAAUUUGUGUUAUUAUAAUAUUAUUCAUGUUUUUAAUGUACAUAUUAAAUGAAAUUUUUCAGUUUUAUCUUUAUUUUAAGCUUAUUAAUUAAUAAAAUUAGAUAAAUAAUUUGAUAAAAACAUAUAUUAAAUAAGAAUAAAAUAAAAAUUUAAUACAUGUAAAAAAUAAACGACGUUUAUUAUGAAAUGGAUAGAUUAUUAUUUAAUGCAUACACUGUUUUAUUGCCAAACAAGAAAAUUGGAAUAUAUCAUACGUUUAGAACAAAUAGCGCGAAGUGUGAGUAGUAGAAUAAUUUUUUAUUUAAAUGCCACAAAGCUAUAAACGAUCUUAUUCUUUUUCCACUGAAUUAAAUUUAUAUUAACAUCAUGUUUUUUGAGAGAGUUACAAAGCCGGAUCAACCGGUAACAAAGCCCGCCCGAGAGUUAUACGGGAAGCUAAAACCCCCAAAGAUUUGAGUUAAAAAAAAUAAACCCCAAAGAUUAAGGGAGGCUAAGCUGGGCAAGAAACAAUCUUAUUCAAAUUCUUAAAAAUGGCCAUCUCCGGUAUCGAAUGCAUAUACUAAAAAGUUAUGCUGUAUCAUUCACAGCCUUGUUUAUCAGCUCCAAUCGCAUACACGAUGCAUGCAUGAGCAAUGAAUUGCUAAUUAGUAACGACAGUAAUUCAGUCCCAUUGUUACAUUUGCUUAAACCCCAUUAAAGUUUAGAUUUACACCAGUCAAUCAUAUUCAUAUUGUCUAGGUAAAGACAUUACCGAGAGUCUUGAUUGACUAAUUAAAUCCUCGGCUAAUGUUUCACCACAUUUUCAAGCUGUUUAUAUCCAUUGGACCACUACAAUCGUCUAAAACUUCAAACUAUAAUUUUUUUGCUAUAACUUGAUUAUGUUAGAUGAUAGAUACAGCAUGAUCUAAUUAAACUCUAGCAAUCUUAUGCCAAAUAUGAUUUACAUAUUUGUGUUAGAUACAGCUGAUCUACUAAUUAAACUCUAGCAAUCUUAUGCCAAAUAUGAUCUACAUAUUUGUGCUAAAUGCAUUUACGAAUACCUUAUAAACAAGAUUUGGUGAGAAGAAAAUGUUAGACCAUGCGCAUUAGGGGUUUUAGUGAGGUUCAUGGGCUCGAGUUCUAAGGGGCCGAUGAAUAAAAGAAAAUAAAAAAUGGGUUCGUUUUGAUGAACCGGGCCUUGCGAGUGAUACCGUAUGAAGCGGGUUCAAGCCACGCGUCGGGUGUUGAUUUGCUGAACGAAAGCGCGUAGAGGAGGAGGAAAGUUGGGGUUCGACGUGUAUCGCCUCAUUUGUUCUUCUCCACCAAAAAGCUAGGGUUUUUUUGUGAGAGGCGAUAUUUCGUGCGACUUCGUCUCCUGGAGGUUUUCUCGUUCUAAUCGACGACGGAGUGUCUUCUACACUUGCUCAGGUGAGUAUCGAGUAGAUUGAGGGUUGAAUUGGUUCGAUUUUGUGGUGGAAACUCGAAACCGUUUUCUCGGAUUUCAAUUAAAAAUUGGGGCUUUCGCGUUAGGGAUGUAAAUCGAAGUCUGGGUUUCGAAUAAUUGCUGUAAAUCGUCAUGGUCGUUUCAUGUAGGGUUCGUUUCUUUGAAUGUUCGAAAGGGAUUUGCGAUUUGUGUGAUUUAAAAUCGAUUUGGGGGUUUUUUUUUAGGGUUCUUAAUCGAUAUGGGAGUUCAAUUGUGGUAAUGUGUGCUAAUAAUCUGUCGUUAAUGUGUGCUAAUAAUUGCGAUUGAGGGUUCACGGUUUGUUUAAAACUCGAUUGUUGCAGAUGGAAACUCCCCGAGAACCUCAUUUCUUCAAGCCUCUUUUUCCUGGUUUUCAAAGUGGCGUCGCAAUACCACUUGACUUCUACGCAAAACACAUACAAGGGGCUGAGAUCAAUAAACCAUGGAAGCUAAGAUCGGACGCUUCGGAUCAAAUUUGGGAGGUGAUCCAAGAAGGCAGGACACUCACCAAAGGUUGGAAAGAGUUCACCGAAGCACAUGAUCUUCGAAUCGGUGACAUUGUCAUCUUCAAACACGAAGGAGACAUGGUCGUUCAUGUGACUCCUUUUGGUCCUAGCUGUUGUGAGAUUCAGUAUACACAUCCUCACAUCGUUAAGGCAGAAGCCGACGCGGAUGAUGCUCCUACUUUCUCAUACGACUACUGCUUCUUGGCUGAGGUUACUCCUACAAAUCAAAAGGACGACAAAAUGUUUCUUCCUGUGGAAGCUAUGAGGUGUGGUGCUUUGAACCAACAAUGCAAAGAGGUCAAACUUGUCAACAAGGAGGGAAAGUCAUGGACUGCGCGCUUCGGAUUUAGCGAAUCAGACGGCGCAUAUUACAUCAACAGAGGGUGGAGAAAGUUCUGUCGUGAUAACAUAUGCACCAACGGAGAUUUGUUUGUGUUCAACGUGGUUGGAGUCGGGACUACAACUCCAUUACUGUGUGUAUGUCCGGAAAGGAAGGAGUGUACUGAACUACUGAUCAAGCACUUCAGCAGAAUCGAUGGUAAGUCUUCUCAUUUGACUUGUUUGUGUUGUCUAUAUCUUCAAUGUUACUACUUUGCUUCUGCUUUAACUUGUGUUCUCUUCUUCUACAGGUAGCAUUGCUUCUACCUCACGAAAUUAGAUGGCUCUUUUGCGGUCUUUCCUCUCUAUCAUCUUAACUUGUUUCUUUUUGUUUCAUUAGCAACUUAUCAACUUAUGUAUUUCGGUUUGUAAAACUUGAAUGGUUUUUCUAUGUGAACUUUUGUCCUAAGUUAAACAUUCUCGAACUUAAUUCCUUUGUUGAAUGCGUAGACUGAUCAUCGAACAAAAUGUUUCUAUGAAUUGAAUUUAAGUUAAGAAACAACAUAAAAUUUUAAAACAUAGCUUUUCUACAUUUGAAAACACAAACGAAAACUUAAACUCCAAAACUAAAACAUAGGGUGAAUAAAAUGUUUUCAUAAAUUUUAUAAUAUAUUUUAAUAUUUUAUUCAUGUAUUCUGAAUAAUUUUAAAUUUUUAAAAAAAUAAAAAAAAAUAUUAUUAUUUUAUUCCUAUGAACUCCUUCUUCGGGUUCACUAAUGCAGAAAACUACAAAUUCGGGUUCAUAACUGUUCAUGGGCCCACAAUAAAAUAUUAAAAAAAUUUGGUGAACCCCAAAGUGGGGUUCACCAAUGCUCAUGCUCUUAGGUCUCUUCGAAUUGCAAAAUCAACACAAUAAUAGAGCUAGGUUCUCUCCUGGUGUUGACACAUC